AUGUCCUUUCUUCAUACGCAUUCCUGCGAAUGUUUAAAGAGUGAACUCCAUCUCUUCACCCUACUGCCUACACAAACCAGUAUUGAGAGUCCACAAUGGAUUCACUACAAACCCGUGUCUUCUCUCAUGGACGACGCGCCUGUCGAAUUCGUCGUACCCGGGCAUGGAGAAGAAUACAUAGAUCUUGCUCAUACCAUGCUGUCGCUAUGCAUACGAGUAGAAACGGAAACCGGAGCAGGAGCUGCUGCCGCAAAAGUAGGCCCUGUAAACCAUAUACUGUAUUCGAUGUUCAAUCAAAUCGACGUAUAUUUCAAUCAAAAGCUCGUGUCUCCUUUAAACAAUGCUUACGCUUACCGCGCUUACAUACAGGCGUUACUAAAUUAUGCUUCAUCAGUAAAAACCUCCUACCUGGCUUCGUGCUUGUGGUACAGCAAUACUGCAGGGAACAUGAACGCUCUACCUGGAGUGACACCAAGCAAUCAUGGACUCGACAAGCGAGGCACUUUUGUACAAGGACGAACACUGGAUCUCAUAGAUCAUCUUCACUGCGACGUCUUCAAUCAAGAUAAAUUCUUGAUCAAUGGCGUCGAAGUGCGCAUGAGAGAAGAUUAUCCUGCUGGUUAUACUCUUUUCGCUUUUGAUCUCACUCCUGAUCUGUCAGCUAAUUGCGAGGGUCAAUGGAACCUUAUGAAACAUGAUAGUUUACGAAUGGAAGUACGAUUCGAAAGAGCCCUCACAACAACGGUCAAUUGCUUAGUUUACGCUGAAUUUGAAAGUGUGCUGGAAAUAGAUUCUUCUCAUCAAGUCAUUGUAGAUUAUAGCGGUUAA